AUGUCCUUCCUAGUCUACUUGGUAAUGGCCUUGACAUUUCACGAUCUUCUCACAGAAACUGAGCUCCAUCAACGCCACCAUGCCGGUACCAGUUGUCUCCAUGCCCUCACCCUCAUCGACUGUCUGAAGUUAUUCGCGGCCAAUAAGCCGGUCCUUGUGGCAUUGUUGUCUCUUUUUGCCCUUGCGGGCUCGGCCCCGAUUGGCCUGACUCGUUACUGCUGCGUGCGAUGUGUGGACCGCAAGUGUCCCGCCCUCCCUCCCCUCGCCCCCUCCCUCCCCAAAGACAAAGGGAAGUACGAUGCUUUUGCCAGAAGGCGUGGUUGUCGUGUGGGUUGUAGUUUUGGAGGCGCAAUAAAGCGCCUAGGGGCAUGUUUUGCCCGUCGUUCGUCGUCAACCUUCCAGCGUCCGAAGAUCGGGUCUUUUCCGGUCCUGGGUCUCCUCUUUUGGGCAUUUUGGGCCAAAGUUCGUCCGAAUUGGGGGCAACUCCUGGUGCAGAUGUGGGGGCGCAAUGCCCACCCGUUUAGAAGGACGUGGUAUGGUACGAUGCCUGAUGAUCGACCGGGAGUGAAUUUUGAGCUGCACGAUCUCGAUUGA